CCCACUUACCGUUUACAGGUAACGGUGUCACACACCUGGAUCACCUUUACCUGCGGACACACGGUUUACCUCAGGACACGUUUAUUUACGUUACGAAAACGCCUCUCAUUUGAGCUAAUGACUGUUUAAAAAGAAAGAAAAAAAGAAUAGAUAAACGACCGAAAUUGUUGGUUUAUUUGUUUGUUUAUUUAUAAAUAUAUUUGAGGGACAUCCUGAUGGAGGAGCCGGUUCUGGGCGGUUUGGGCCGGUGCUCGUGCGCGUUCUGGCUGGCCGUGGCGUUCGACGCGUGCGGCCUCGUCGUGCUUCUACUCGGGGUUUUCGUCGACAUCUUCUUCUACGACUUUCUCAUCUACGCGGGCGCCAUCGUCAUCUUCCUCAGCCUGAUCUGGUGGGUUUUCUGGUACACGGGGAACAUCGAGGUGCCCCCGGAGGAGCUCGAGGACGACGUGGGUCUGCUGAAGAAGAAGGAAAAAGGGCUCGCCGGCGUCCUGAGGAGGUUCUCGAGCCGAAUCAGGAGCUCGGUGAGGAGAAACGGGACCGCCAUGUCGGGUCAGGGCUCACGGAGCCAACAUGGCGGCCGGGGGGCUGUAGUGGUCAACGUGUCCAUGACGCCUCCACAACAACAACAACAACAACAACAACAACAACAACAACAACAACAAGAACUGAGCACUGUUUCUGCCACUGUGGCUACAGAAACUUCACCAAUAUGAGCCUUAAAUCCCAGCGACCAGAAGAGGAAGAAUUUCCCAAUGGAGCCGAAGUCGCAACUGCCUGUACAUUUAUAGUUUAUUUUGUUAAUUUGUUUACGCUUGAUUUUACAAACUUGUAUUGCUGAUUAGUAAUUAUUGUAUUAAAGUCUCUGACAUUUUUAUGAGGA